AUGAUUGAAGAUGCGGCGCGAUUUGUUUCUGCUCCAUUGGAGCUUUACCUCGGCAUGGUCAUUGGUUGGCGUAGGAUGGGGUCGUGGUUCACGGGGAGCACAAGUUGGGGGAAAGAUGUAGUAUCUCCGCAAGUUCUUCAAGUCGCUGUUGCUGCGUAUGCCCUUGCAUCGGCGAGGAAGAAGCGCAAAUGGGGCGGAUCUGUUCGAGGCCACGUUACCUAUGACCGCGAGCGUGCGGCAGCUGCAAUUAGGUUGGAGAACGACUACUUCGGGCCUAAUGCACUAUACAACGAGGAAAUGUUUCGUCGCCGGUUCCGUAUGAGAAAGUCAUUGUUCCUGAAAAUUGUUGAUGACGUGACAGCGGCCAAUGACUUCUUUAAGCUUAAGCGUGAUCGAGCUGGUAGGCUAAGCUUUUCACCAAAGCAGAAAUAUGUGGUUGCAAUGAAGAUGCUUGCUUAUGGGUCAAUUGCAGAUGCUUUAGAUGAUGGACAACGUAUGGGCGAAUCAACAAUUCUUAAGUCCUUGAAAGAAUUUGUGUACACUAUCAUCUCUGUUUAUGGCCCAGAGUAUCUUAGGAAACCAAAUGCACAAGAGUUGGAACAUAUCCUUGCUAUUAAUAAGGCACGUGGUUUUCCUGGGAUGAUUGGGAGUAUAGAUUGUAUGCACUGGGAGUGGGAAAACUGUCCUAGUGGCUGGGGAGGAAUGUACAAGGGGCACAAAGGCAAGCCAACUCUAAUUCUUGAAGCUGUGGCGACCCAGGAUCUUAGGAUUUGGCAUGCUUUUUUUGGGCUUCCAGGAUCUCACAACGACAUCAACGUGUUGCAGCGUUCUCCAGUGUUUGAUGAUUUAGCUAAUGGGAAUGCUCCUCCUGUGGACUUCACUGUCAAUGGUAACCCCUACUGUAUGGGUUACUACUUGACAGAUGGAAUAUACCCCGAGUGGGCUACUUUAGUGAAGAGCAUUAGUGCACCUGUGAGCAAUAAACAGCAGGUCUUUGCUAAACAACAGGAAAGUUGCAGGAAGGAUGUUGAACGAGCAUUUGGUGUGCUACAAGCUAAGUGGAAGAUAUUGCAUGGUCCAACAAGACUUUGGAAGGCUAAAGACCUGAAUGCUAUAAUGCUAGCUUGUGUGAUCCUCCAUAACAUGGUCAUUGAAGAUGAGCGUAAUGUUCAGUUACCUACAGUUGGUCGCAAUGAGUGGCCUGGCCGGGACAAUCCACCAUUACAUCAUCUUGUUAAUAUUCCUAGCAUUGAUGAGCUAAUAGAUGCAUACUCGAUUAUCCAGGACCAGAGUACUGCACGAUAUCUCAAAUCUGAUCUGGUUGAGCACAUGUGGAUGCUUUAUGGUUCUAACUCUGGUCCAUUUGCUAGGACAACUAGACAGUAA